CUAGCAUUAAUGUCUAUCCUCCCAUCCUUCCUCCCACGGCUCUUCAGCAUCCGCGUAACCACCACCAGUCUCCGCAAUGCCGCCGCCCGCUCGUUCAGCACCUCUACACCCACGCUCUCCAAGUCCCUGCCCCCGCGCACGCCUCUCCUAGAUGGCGACCUUAUAGAAAACUUCCUCAAGGGCAGCGGCCCAGGCGGCCAGAAGAUCAACAAGACGUCUUCUGCCGUGCAGCUCAAGCACAUCCCCACCGGCAUCGUAGUCAAGUACCAAGACACGAGGUCCCGGGAGAUCAACAGGAAGAUGGCGCGCAGGAUCCUGCAGGAUCGGAUCGAGGAGAUGGAGUUGGGGCAGGAUGCUCGGACGAGGGUGCGGGCGAGGGAGAAGAGUAAGAAGAAGGCUAGUAGUGGGAAGAAGACUCGGAGGAAGUACAGGGCGCUUGCUGAGGGGGGGAUGGGGGAAGCUGUGCAAGAGGAUGGCGCUAAUGAGGUAGAGGGCAUUGAGGAACCUGUUGAGAUUGAGGGAGCAGACGGACAAGCUGCGACGAAGCCAGCAGAUGCUGAGGUGUUGGGCAAGGAAGGUCGAUGAAUGAACACUUGGACUGCACUGAAGGUACAAAGCAAAUGAAGAAGACCAUGCUCUGCAAUCUUUCUUCUUUCGGGACUACUUUGUGUAUAUGACCUCUGAUGACUACAUCCCACUUUGUGCCUUGUAACAGUAAACAUGUUGCUGGACCCUGGAUAGCUUCAACUUUUUUGUGCUGUCAUCUAGCAACUCCAAACUUAUCUGAAAGCAUCCAG